CUGCUGUCGGUCCUCGAACGAUUGCUGAUGAUAAAAUACAGAGCAGUAUUUUUGGUCGGGCCAUUUAGACUGCCUUGGUAUGUCGAGCAGCUGGGUAGGGAUGUGUAAGGGUCUAUGCUGACAACACACAAGGGCCUCUUAGUUCUUCUUCGAUCCCGGUUCGGUAAACACGUGUUCCUCCAAUACAAAUAUUUCGAAGAACGAGAACGGAUAUAUAGAGACUCGAGGUCUGAAGUGAAUCUUGUGCGGAGAUUUUGUGCGAAGAUUCGUGAUUUACUUUCAAAACGUGAUAAUUAUCCACGCCAAACGUGAUAAUUGCCACACGAAUCGAGUCUUAUUCUUCUCUCCUUAAGAUCCCGGAGAAAGUACUUCGCCGAAGCAAUCUUCGAAAGAGAAAUAGACUCGGGGCAAGAAUGUGCUGUUUACUCGUCGGUUGCGUCGCGCUGCUCUUCAGCGUUCUCGAGGCGCCGUCUCUGGUCUCGGCUGCUCCUCAAGCGAGCGACUCCCUCGAGAGGACCACGACCGUCCCAGGGGGCGCGAAUUCGUACGGGAAUGCGCAGGACGCGGGCAUCAAUAAUCCGGAAUUCUCCUGUCCUCCUUGCUCGACGUCGUCGGUCAAUAGCACGUCGACAAACCCCGGACAAUCGGACUGGUUGACGCAGCAGCGGCGGCAGCAUCUCGAGCAAUUCUACACCCAGAACAUGAUGGUGCACGGCAUGUUGUGCACGUGCAACGUCGCUCUGCGCGGCGCCCCGAUAAGGGACGAUUAUCUUUACACGGCGAAUAUCGGCGUUCACAAGAUGCACACGAGAGCAGCCACGUGGAACGACGCCAGGAAGUUGUGCAACGAGGAAGGCGGCCACCUAGCCAUCAUCAAUUCCAUCGCCGAGGAGCACGUACUCCGGGACAUAUUUAAUCGCUCCGGACCGAUCAAAGGAGCAGCGUAUCCCGACGAGGCCUUCUUGGGUAUACACGAUCUUUACAAGGAAGGCGAGUGGGUCACCUUGCUGGGCGAAUCCCUGGCAAAAACCGGUUACACCAGGUGGAGCGACAAGUGGGGCGGGCAACCCGACAACGGAGGUGGCAAACAGCACUGCGGAGCUUUAAUGAAAGAGGGUGGCAUGGACGACGUCGCGUGCGACGUCCCAUUUCCAUUCCUCUGUGAACUUCCGCUGAUGCACGCUUUGCACUGAAGAAGAAAAGAGAACCUCGGCGGGGGAUUCAGGGAUUAAGCAUCAUUCGCAUAAAGUUUACACACCCUUGCCGCGGACUUAUCGUAGUGCAUAGCUGCAUUAUGCAGACGUCAUCUUCGCGUGAAGAUGUGUUCUUUUUUGAAUAGACAGAGAGAGAGAGAGAGAGGGAGAAAGUCUUUUCUCCAUUCUUUCUGUAAAACGACGAGAUGUCUCUCUGAAAACUUUGUUCGCCUCGAAGGUUUUCCUUUCGUCUUUUCUCUCUACGAGAGGACAAUCCACCGAUGAAAUCCGUUUGACCCGUUUUUAUGUAAAUAUAAAAGACCUUUUUCCUAGAUUCUUUUUCUUUUUCAAUUUUUCGAAAAUUUCGAAAAAUCUUCUCUCUUCGUUCUUUCUUUUCCCUCCCUUUUUCUCGUUCUCUCUCCUGUUUCUCAACUGCUAACGAACAAAGUACAAUAUAAACGGAUUGCACUGAUACAUUGUCGAUGUUCAAAUUAGCUAUUCUAAUUAAUCGCUCGAGCACAGUCGGAUUCUCCUCCAAGUUUAAAUCUUGGAAGUUUCUCUUUGCUGUGAUACAACUGAUACUAUUACGCGUUAAAUUACGUCGCAUGAAUUUACAACAGCUUGGAGCACAAUAUUGCGUUACAGUAUCAACUGUGUAACCACCGUGGCGUGAUCAUUAUACGCGAACGAUACUUGCAAAUUAAAUGUCGACGAAUAUAGCGAGUCUGUUUCUGAUUUAUAUUUAUAUAUAUAUAUAUAUAUAUAUAAAUGUGAUUUAUAUAUAUAUAUAUAUAUGUGUGUGUUAAAAAUCGGAUCGAUGUACCCUGGUCCGGGAAUUUUUCUCCGCGCGCAAGAUAGUUUUAUUCCGCGAGUUACAACAGUCGCAAUAUAACUUACGUACCCCGGCGAUUUAUGUUUACGGGAAAUAUAGCGUUACGUUUCGGAGAAUAAAGAAUUUAUAGAGGCAUCGAUUGAGAGAGAGAGAGAGAGAAAAAGGGAAGGGGAGAAAAGUGGAGCGAUGUAAACCGAUAUUGCGAGCGAUGUAAACCGUCGGUUUGUAUUUAUGACGCAGCGGUAGAGCUGCAAGUUUUCGAGUUUCAAACCUCUCUCGCGCUCUAAAUUACACCCGCGUGAAAUUGAGAAGCACGCGGAAAAUGAAGAUGGAAGCUAAUUUCGGAUGCCGAAAUCGUACUCGUGCUUGUCGAAAAUUGCAGCCAUCGAGAGCGCGGAACGUCGAACAGCGGAUGGUUAUAAUUUCCGUGCGUUACGUGAAAUCAAUCGAAAUGUUCGCGUUCAUGAGCGGCAUGUUAAAAUUAUUUUAUCGAGAUACAAUAUCGUAUAUCGAUAUACGCGCACUUUACAAUCCUUAUUAUUUGCUACCGAAAACGUGCGGGUCAAUAUAUUAUAUAUAGUAUACUUGUCUUUUAUAUACGCUUUGAUAUUAUAUAUUUUGGAUAAUUUUUUUCAUAUAACAGUUUAUAUGAGAAUAAAAGCUGUAUUACAGGA